GAGCACUUCUUAAACUCAUGAGAAAGAACUCAUCCUGAGCGUGCUUUGAGCAGUCGCUCAUGAAGAUUGCCGCGGAUUGGGAUUGCCCUCGUGUUGAGCACGGCAGAGGCAGUUACUAUCCGCCCCUUCGCUUUCCCUGGUUGGGCAGAGAGGACAGUGCCACUCUCUGCUCGAGUUCGAGUGUCGGGAUCGAGAGGUUUCCCGUGCCUCAGGUCCAGGCAAAGUGCCUGAAAGGCAGACUGUGCCCUCAUGGGACCAUGGUGCGGACGUGACGAGGGGACCGCCCCGCGACUACAUGGACGUGGGGAGGCAAAGUCCGCCCUCGCAUGAGAACGGCAUGAGUAUGCCGAGGCAGACACCGCUCUCACGGGAUAGCGGUGCGGACGUGAGGCAAAGUCCGCCCUCAUACGAGAAUGGCGUGAGCACGUCGAGGCAAAGUCCUCCCUCGCACAACGGACUGGACAUGCCGAGGCAACCCGUGCUCGGCACGAGGGACUGCGCGCUCGUGGACUCCAGGCCACAUCGGCAUGGAGGCGUGGCCCGAUGAUGCCUCGCAAGGUGGACAGCGGGUAGAACCAGCAGGUGCGGCUGCAGAAGUUGAGGUGGAGGUUCGUGGGACAGGCCCUCUACCGGAGCCGUGGCGCAACUGGCAGCAGGUCACCUUCCCGCCCCGCGUGAGGGCUCCCUUGGUGUCAGCCGGCUUUCCUGCCCCGACAGCAAUUCAGCAGCAUUCCUGGCCCAUGCUUACGGCAGGCCGGGAUCUGAUCGGCAUCGCGAAGACAGGCUCCGGCAAGACGCUGGCGUUCUUGCUGCCGAUCUUUGCACAGCUCCUGGAGAGCAGGGUAGACCUCAGAGGCCCUCCGGCGGCGCUGGUUUUGGCGCCCACCCGUGAGCUGGCAGUCCAGAUUGAAACCGAGGCGAAGCGCUUCGGGGAGACGGCGGGCAUGCGUGCGGCUUGCCUCUACGGCGGGGCCCCCAAGGGCCCCCAGCUGGCGGAGCUCCGGCAGAGGCCGCAGCUGUUAGUGGCCACUCCUGGCCGGCUGAACGACCUGCUGGAGCCACCUCCAGGCCUCUCGGUGGCCGUGGACGUGAAGUCUGUACGUUACCUGGUGCUGGACGAAGCCGACCGGAUGCUCGACAUGGGCUUUGAGCCGCAGAUCCGGAAGAUCAUCGCAGGGCUGCCGAAGGAGCGGCAGACGGUGAUGUUCACGGCCACCUGGCCGGUGAGCAUCCGCCGCCUGGCUGCGGACUUCCUGCAGAACCCCGUGGAGGUCCGCGCCGGCGAGGCGGAUGAGCUGCGGGUCAACCCAGAUGUGACUCAGCACGUAGUGUUCUGCUCUGACAUGCGUGACAAAGAAGAAAGACUUGACAAGAUCCUCCGGGAGAGCGGCCAGGACCAGUGCAUCAUCUUCGUCAACACAAAGCGGAUGUGCGAAAUGGUGUCGCUGCGGACGCCCCAUAGCAUGGCCAUCCACGGUGACAAGGACCAGCGUGAGAGGGACUUGGCGCUGGGGAACUUCAAGCGGGGCAGCAUGCGCACGCUGGUGGCCACGGAUGUGGCUGCCCGGGGGCUGGACAUCAAGGCAGUGAAAGUGGUGGUGAAUUUCGAUCCGCCGAACCGCGAAGAGGACUAUGUCCAUCGCGUUGGCCGCACUGGCCGAGCUGGUCAAAAAGGCACCGCCUGGACUUUCCUCACCAACGAGGAUGGGGGUGCGGCACGGAGCAUCGCUGACAUCUUCAAGCGCAUGGAGCUGCAGGUGCCCGCAGAGCUGGAGCAGCGCCUGGCCUCGGGGGAGAUGCGCAGCGGCGGCGGGUCGAGGGGCCGCAGCAGGAGCGUGGGCCCGCGCCGAAUGGGUCCAGGUUUCGACGAUGAUUUUGACGUUGGUGGCCGGUUCAACGGACCGGGUUUCCGUGAGGACUUCGCUCGGACCUUCAACGACUGCCCGACCUGGUGACGGCCGCGCGCGGUUCUCCGCUGGCGCGGUGGACGUGAGGUCUAGGGAAGCGGCAAGUGGGACCUCCCGCGAUCCAAAGAUUCGAUCGCCACAGUUAGGGAAUGGCCAAGUGCGCAAGGGCGCCUUGCUGGCAACAGUUUUUGCC